CUCACUGCUUUUUUUAUGAACAGCCGUAAACAGCACUUUUUUGUUUAAAUUAAUAAUGUAAAAAAAAUUAACAACAUUUUGAAUAAUAAAUUGAUUUGUUUUUGUUUAAAAUAAUCACAAAGUUAAAACAAAAUUAAAUUUGUGAACAUUCAUUUACUUUUUGAUAUAUAAAAUUAAGUUUAAAGUUGCAGCUCAUGAGCAAUGCUAUUUUUAUGAACACAGCAUUUCCAUAAUCUCAACUAGCCUUAUCGUCUAAAAAAAGUUGAAAUAUGUAUCCGGUGCUCAAAAUUAUUUGGAGAAAUUCGAUCAAAACUUUUGCCAUACCCUGUUACUCAAUUAACUUAUUAUAGUUUUGAUUAAUUUUGUUAACACUUUUAUUGGUCUCGCCCCAUUCCUCGUAGUUCAUGCAUACAAGAAAUUUCCAAAUUUUCUCGAUAGUAUCGGCUUCAAAGUUUCGGCCACUUUCAGUUGCACUUGCGUAAAUUUUCGCCUACAACAACCAGUCAUUAGAUGGAAGUAUUAACUUUCUGCGCGAUCACCGACUGACCAAUCCACAUUAUCUCUGACAUGAUUCAACAGCUUUUGUCUGCAUCUCUUCGUAAUUAUGUUGAUCUCGCGUGACUAAAGUGGAAUUGAUCAAAUUUAAAUAAGUGUGUGUGGAUGAGUAUAAAUCAUAUGUAAAUGUUGAAUUUCGUUGUUUGUUUUGUUUUCGACAGACUUUUUAUGGUUGUUAUUGCUUACAACUCUUGUAAUUGCGCUGCAAAAAAAAAAAACAUUUGUUCAUAAUUGUGAUUUGUUGCCUUUCUUUGAGAGACUUUUGUUGUUGCCAAACACAUUUUUUUUCUUGGAAAUUUCCUUCCUACAACAUUUCUCUCAAUGGUUGAUCAUCUUUUGAAGUUUCGUUUGUUUAUGCCUUUACUUCAUCACAGUUUGAUUUAACGAAAUGCACUUCACAUUCAGAGACAAACCUGUUUCUGCAAAUUAAAAAUCAUAAGCAAAUUACCAAAGCAACGCAGUGGAAAAAAUAUUUCAGAUUUGACUUAUCAUCAGCGGUCGAAGUUGAAUUUUAAUUUCAGCAGCAGCAACAUUUAAGUGCAGACAACGAAAGUGAAACCAUCAUAGAGCGCGAAGUGCCAGUUUAGAAUAAGAGGAAACAUUUGACAAUAUUUCAAAAACAGAAGUUACUUCAAGCAAAAUGCAGUUUUUUGAACUGAAAUCAAACUUAAGUUCUCAAUAUUUUCUACUCGUGACACUACUUCUCAUAACGGCAACGCACAACUCCGAUGGAUACGAUUAUCAGCAGACGGCAGCACAACAAAAUAAUGGGUAUAUAUAUGAGCGUCCGCCGUUCUCGCCACCUGUUACCCUACCCCGUAGAGCAGAAGCAUCUGCGCCUGCUGGCACUCAUUUGCCGGUUUUGAGAGCUGUGGUGCGCCCACUAGGAUCUUUGGGAAAAAAUUACGAAGUGAGACUCUCUCAAUCGAAUCAGCCCACUUUACUACACGGGCAACCACCUAAACAAGCAGCUUUUAAUGGACCAUCCCCUUAUUAUACCAACAAUUACCAACCAGUCAACCCCGUUGUUAGAUAUGCGCCGCCAACGAUACCAUCCCACCCCAGGCCAUACCAGCAAGCUUUCCUUGGUGCGACUGAUCAGCGAUACAGCAACAACGCUGCCCCUGUUUUGAACAUACCACAUCAGAAUCCGCUGCAGACACCGCAAUAUUUGCAACCAGCAUCACCUCCCACCUUUUUAACACCAACGCCGCAACAGUCAGAAUCCUUUGCGAAUCACGGUAAUCAGCAGCAGCCACAGUCGGCGGUAGGGUCACUACUUGGCGUUCAACAAAGUAAUAGCGUUGGCUUCAACGGUAAUGUACCUAACUCUCAACUCAGCUCAGCACAGUCCAGCUCCGCCAUCACCACCGACGGCUCCAUCAAUGGCGUACUGGGAAAUUAUAUUUCGCAAUCUGAAGUCGGUCAAUUGGAUCACUACUUCGAGAAGCAAAAUCCAGUGGGUGACACACGAGUCUACACUCGUCUCAUCAACACCUGCUAUCCCGAUGGUCAUUGCGAGCAACAGCAAUUGGGCGAUGCUCAAGCCGAUCAGCGACACCAGCACGUGGUAUUAACGGCACGAGCGCGUGUACAACCGAUCUCGGAUAAGUGUCGCGCCCUGGGCAAAUCAGGCGCUAUGUCGGCGAUAAGUGUUGGAUCCGUUAGCGUAGGCAAUCCUGCGCUAAAUUCGAUAAAGCGUCCGCCAAAUCGCCGCUUCUAUCAAUACACAGAAGCGGUGAUACCGCGCGAUCCAUUCAACUGAAAAACAUAACAACCAAUUUGUGUUAUAUGUGUAUAAUAAGAAAAUAUAUGUAUUGAUGCCAAUUUUGUUUUUGAAAAGGUCGAUCUGCAUGCAUUUAAGUUUUGUUUAUCAUUCAUUUAUUUCAAGUUUAGCCUUAGAGUU